AAAGCCACAUUGGCAGCCUGGAUAGUUUGACGCUCGCGUUGCUGUCAGUAAGAGGAGUCGCACGGUUCGCCUGCCCGCCUGGCGCUGCUGCUGCAUCGCUGCUCAUGAUUUGGAGCUUUUACUAAAAUUGAUGAAUUCCAACUACAUGCUUAUCGCAUGGACCGAGAGUACUGAUCCUGAUGUGAAAGAGAGGAAGAUCCAGAUUAGAGACGAUCUCUUCAAUCCCGGCACCCACACAACUCCUGGCGUAAUCAAUUUCAAGUGUCCCUGGAAAACUUUCAGAAGACUUGAGCCAUGCCCUGCGUUCAGGCUCAGUAUGGAUCAUCACCUCAAGGAGCCAGUCCUGCUUCCCAGAGCUACAGCUACCACACCGCAGGAGAGUACAGCUGCGACUUCCUAACACCCGAGUUUGUAAAGUUUAGCAUGGACUUGACCAACACCGAGAUCACAGCCACCACUUCUCUCCCGAGUUUCAGCACAUUCAUGGACAACUAUAACACCGGUUACGACGUGAAACCGCCCUGUCUGUAUCAGAUGCCCCACUCUGGAGAACAAUCCUCCAUCAAGGUGGAGGACGUCCAGAUGCACAGCUACCAUCAGCAGAGCCACCUGCCGCCUCAGUCAGAGGAAAUGAUCGCUCACACUGGGCCCAUGUACUUCAAGCCCUCAUCACCUCACGCCCCGAGUACACCAAACUUCCAAGUUCAGCCUAAUCACAUGUGGGAGGACCCUGGCUCCCUCCACAGUUUCCACCAGAACUAUGUUGCAGCCACAUCUCACAUGAUGGAGCAGCGCAAAACUCCGGUGUCGAGACUCUCGCUGUUCUCUUUCAAGCAGUCCCCGCCUGGCACGCCUGUCUCCAGCUGCCAAAUGCGCUUUGACGGGCCGCUGCACGUCUCCAUGACGCACGACAACCCGGGUGCGCACCGUGGCCUGGACGGUCAGAGCUUUGCCGUGCCCAGCGCCAUAAGGAAACAGGCCGGUCUGGCUUUCCCCCACUCCCUGCAACUCAGCCACGGGCACCAGCUGGUGGACAGCCAAGUGCCGUCGCCCCCGUCCCGAGGAUCUCCGUCAAACGAGGGUCUGUGUGCGGUGUGUGGAGACAACGCAGCCUGCCAGCAUUAUGGAGUGAGAACCUGCGAGGGCUGCAAAGGAUUUUUCAAGCGCACGGUUCAGAAAAAUGCCAAAUACGUGUGUUUAGCGAAUAAAAACUGUCCUGUUGACAAACGCCGAAGAAAUCGUUGUCAGUUCUGCCGUUUCCAGAAGUGCCUUGUGGUCGGCAUGGUAAGAGAAGUUGUCCGAACGGAUAAUUUGAAAGGACGACGAGGGCGCCUGCCAUCCAAACCCAAAAGUCCUCAGGAGCCCUCCCCACCUUCGCCGCCGGUGAGCCUCAUAAGCGCACUUGUUAGGGCCCAUGUGGACUCCAAUCCCUCCAUGUCUGCGCUGGAUUAUUCAAGAUUCCAGGCAAACCCUGACUACCAAAUGACUGGAGACAACACUCAGCACAUUCAGCAAUUCUAUGAUCUCCUGACGGGCUCCAUGGAGAUCAUCCGGGGCUGGGCAGAGAAGAUUCCGGGCUUCUCUGAUCUGCCGAAGCAAGAUCAAGAUCUCCUCUUUGAAUCCGCCUUCCUGGAGCUCUUCGUCCUGCGGCUGGCAUACAGGUCCAAUCCAGUGGAAGGGAAACUUAUUUUUUGCAAUGGAGUGGUGUUACACAGACUGCAAUGCGUCCGCGGGUUUGGAGAGUGGGUGGAUGCAAUCGUGGAGUUUUCUUCUAACUUACAGAGCUUGAAUAUAGACAUCUCAGCUUUCUCCUGCAUCGCAGCUCUAGCGAUGGUAACAGAACGGCACGGGCUUAAGGAACCUAAGAGAGUUGAGGAUCUUCAAAACAAGAUAGUGAACUGCCUCAAAGAUCAAGUAACGUUUAAUAGCGGUGGCUUGAAUCGUCCCAACUACCUAUCAAAACUCCUGGGGAAGCUCCCCGAACUGCGCACGCUCUGUACCCAAGGUCUGCAGCGUAUCUUUUACCUAAAGCUGGAAGACCUUGUCCCCCCACCAGCAAUAAUUGACAAACUUUUCCUUGACACCCUACCCUUCUGAGUUUUACGCACUAGCCAAACUUCAAAGAACUUCCAAAAAGACUGAGACAAACUUAUCAGAUUACAGUUUCUAAUUUUUUUUUUGUCUUUUUUGCAAGCUCCGUAAGCUAUUAGAACAACUUAUAAGGAUUUAGGCAACAUCAAAAGUAACGGAAGAAACUGAGUUUUAUCGCUGCAGGCCUUUUAUUUUACAUUUUUCUUUUUGUUCUAUUUUUAUUCUGUGCGAAUUAGGUGGAUGUUUUUUUUUUAGCAGAAAUCUCUUUCAAGCCCUUCUUGUUUAUUGAACGUCGGCUCUGCUGAAUCACUAAGUUGUAAUAUAUUCCAUUUAUAUAAACAGUAUAUAUAAAAGUACACGCACACAAACCCUGUAUAUUAUAAUGAUAGAAAAUGGGAUGCAUCCAGCGCAUCGGUUUAUAAUCUCUGUAUAAAGUUUGUUAUAAUGAAAAGCUUUUCUUUUUGGACUCGUGCCUAUAUGUGUUUCUGACAGGAUCCCAAAAAUCCAGAUAAGACAACGCAUGUUCCACUUUCUGAUUUUUCUUUUUUCAUUUAUAGGCACUUGCUGAGGUGAUGUCUAUAUAAUAUAUAUACCGGACACUAUGUAGUCUGCUAGAUUUGAUACAGAUUCGUAGUUAUGGCACUCUUUUUCUGUAUGAUGCAUAUGUGGAAAAAAAUUAUUUCAUCUGUAUAGAAAAUGAGGGACCCAUGGUGUUUGUAAAACUGUCACAGACAUUCCUUGUUUGUAUGUGCUGUAAGUAUUGUUGCUGUUGAAUAUAAACGUUUCUAUAUAUUUAUUAUUUCUAUUGCCAAAAGCUACACUAAGCAUGGUGCAAUUUAAACGAUUCCAACCCAUCCAAGUUCAUGCUGAGCACGUUGUCUAUGUUUUAAUGUCUUAUAAACGUCUAGCUAGUUAUGAUUUAAUAGCUUUGGAAGUGGCAAAAAUAAUUAAUAUUUCAUCUUUAUGAAGAGCUUCAUGAGUGUAUGAUUCAGGCCCACACCUUUGGCAUCACCGUCUCAUUUGUGUAACGCAUUCGGUGCCCAAUUCAAAAACUUUAGAGAUAAAGAAAUAUUUAAUGUUUACAAAUAAAACGUUUAACUUUCAAUCUCUUGCCAAAUAUUUUCUCUGAAAAUUAAUAGACUUCUUUUCCUAAUUACUUUUUUUUUUAACUGGAAUGCGUUUUCGACGCGCUUUUAUUUACAAAACAGAAGCCAUGGCCCUCCAUGCAAUUUUAAAAUAGCCAUUUUUAUUUUUUGUUGUAAAAAUGAAACUUUUUAAUGAGAUAGAUAAUUUUUUUACCCCAUUUUGUCGUUGAGAUGAAUGUAUUCAUAAGCGCGCACAUAAAACAUGCACUUCUGGCCGAAUGCGCCUACAUUUAGCAGCUAUUUCUGCACUCUAAAUUACUUUUUAAUACGACUGUAAUUUAGAGAAUAACCUGCAAGCGUUUUUGUAAUCUUUCCCAAUUCUCCGACUGUUUAAAUCGGCACCAAAGUGACAUUUUUUUAGUCUCCUCCUAUCUGAAAAUGUGUUUUGCCCUUUUAAUCUAUUUAACCAAAGUAAAGGAAAUAGUCGCAACGGCCUAUACAGACGUCAAUUAAAAAACAAUUUUAUUUAUAAAUAAAGAUGAUCCUGGUUACAUUAUUUUGAGAGAUUUUUGUUGGAGAGUAACUCAAAUAAGUUGCGAUCCAUACAAUUUUGCGCAUCAUGUCUGUGAAUUGCUUAUAGGAGAAACUUGUUUGUUUCAAAGUUGCCCCUUUCCGAGAUCAAGACUGAAUAUUUGCACAAACAAAUGCGAGGCGAACCAAUCAGCUUAAAUGUGAAUUUUAAUUGCGCAGCUUGCAUUCGGUGUCAAAGCUCUCAGACUGUCGGUGGAAUUACAAAUUUAAGUGAACAAGUUGAUGCUUCAAAAAGUUUUCUUUAAGAAGAAUAAGCAAAACAAAUCAGGUUUCCCCUAAACUGCAGCCUCUUGCGCCACAGCCUGCGUUUGGAUGAAAACGCGAGUUUGAUGAUUGUAAGCCUGCGGAGUUACCGACCACUUUGCGCAAAGUCCUGCUCUGCACUUCUUUCUUCUCCUCCCUGCGCACCGGUUUAAUGCGCUCCCUUUAAUCUCUGCUUACUGAUAACACACCUACACUUCAAUCAUCUUUUUAAGGCGCGUCACGACUGCAUCUAUCGUUGUAAGCGCAAAGGUAAAAGUCAGCGGAGAUUGCCCAAACAGAAUUGAGGCAGACCGCUGUCACAAAGCCUUUUCUUUAGACUGGCAUAAGAGAGAAGUGACGCCAAGCUCUGAGGCAUGUCUGGGAUUUAUCAACAUUUACCACACGAUCAAAAUGAAGGGAACAGCAUAUUUUGAGAGAUAUUAGCAGCAGGCAAUAAAUUGUCUAAAUGAUUAGAUCGUGACUAGAAAGUGCUAAUUCCAAGGCAAAUUGGGAUUACAUUCAGAACCAGUUUGCUGACAUUUAGCAGAUCUGUUGAAAGGGUGCAGUACAAUGUCACAAGUUUCCUCUGUUGACUCUAAGUACAGUUAGGCUUCAAACAUGGCUCAUCACAAUACGUGUAGCUGUUUUUGUUUCUGAUGAUACUUGGGCACAUCUACAGGCUGGACUUUCACAAAGAACCAAUUCCGCCUCAGAGCCUGUCAGCCGAAAUCUGCAGAUGAAGGCAGAGGAGUGUUUUCUCCAGCUUUAGUCCUCUUCUGGUGUCUGUACAGAGAACAAGAACAAAAGGCAGCCACUCAAAGUGGCCAUUUUCCAAGAACAGAGUCUGUACAGAACAUCUGCUGCUAAGUGCUUGUACAAAGUGAGAAAAGCAUCAGGUUAUAUACCCGAGUUCCAGUCUCAGAAUUCACAAUUACAGCACCAUACUACUUAAUCACACAUGCUCUGUACAAUACAUUGGCACUGGAUCAUGUUGCAUCACAGGUGCACAUUUUUUUGACUCCUUCCAUGAUGCAAUUUGACUGCUCAGAUCUGAAAUGCUGUUAAAAAAUAAAAAGCCACAGGCGUUUAGUCCUUUGCAAAUAUUAAGAUUUUUGGGGUUUUUAAAAACAGCAGAUGAGCUAUAUCAUGUCUUUUGAUAGACUUUAUUUUAUCCUGACAAAAAGUUGUUCAGCUUGGAUGAUCUUAAGCUGCACAGCAGUGGAUGUUUGACCCUCAAACAUGAGAUGAUCUAAUCUCAAGAGCAGCACAGCUGAAGUGAAAAGUCUGGACAGGGUUUGACUUACGCAAGCUUAUUUGCAUUACUGUUCAGUAUUACCAUUUUACACAGAUGGAGUAAACAAAUAGAGAAAAUUUAAAUAAAAAUCUUUGGAGCAAUUAACCCUAGUGGGAAAAAGCAUGUACCAAAACUCGUCACACUUUUGUUUUUGGACUGAAUUUCCUUCAAAUUAAGGUUGUUUAUGUUUUGUUCCUUGCUGUACUCAGCAGCUUGUCCAAGUUUUUCCAAUAAUUCUGUUUCGUUAAAUUUUCGGAGUCCUCAGCAAACCUCAAUUUCAAUUUUACCUCAAUCGCAGUUCAGGCAAAGAAGCACUUUGCCGCGUGAGCACGAAACCAAACAUGUCGAUUACACAACCUAUGAAUCCGUCUGACUUUGUCUCUAAACAAAAUGAAUGAAUCAUGAGUGAGGUGAUGGGCCUUUGCAUACAGCCGUCUAUAGUUACAUGUGACUAUUUGAUUUACCAUAUUGAAAUACUGACGAUUGUUCAAUAAAUAAUGCAAAAAGCUGAUUUCCAAGUGUCGAGGUAGGAAAAGGAAUCCACCGUGCAUAUAGAUGGGAGGUGAGCCGUGCCGGUCCCUCUCAGCCUGUGGCCCAGAGCAGCUUUAUCAUUCAUAGGACUAAACAGAGAAUCAAUUCAGCAGCCAUGUAUGAAGGAUGAAGGGAUGUGACAAGCAGGGAAUGAUGAGAAGCCAGAAAUCAAAGGCUUCAGUCCUUUUCAGUUCUAAUGGCCAUUAGACAGUGGCAAUAAAAUGAGGUUAAUCAUUGGCACAGAUCCUCUCAAAGAAGAUUGACUGAACUUGAUGUCUGGUCAGAUCACUCAUAAAUAUUUACUUCAAGUUAAACAGCUGUGCUUGCUUUGUUAUCGCACAUUGAUCUCUGACAGAUGCCAUCAAAUUAUUGUUUAAAGUGUGGCCGGCAAAAUCUAUUAAUGGAACACUUGUUCUGAGGCUCAAUUAUGCCAACUGCGAGAAAUUAAUAAUGCAAAGAAUCUGACAGAACACAAAAAUUUAAAGAGGGCUACUGUAGGAUUCCAUGGAAAAUGUGGUAAUUAGGAAUUCACUAAGGGUUUUUGCUUAGGACAUGUUGUUAGGUAAGCAAAACGGAUGUGAAAUGUUUCUGUAUGUAAAUGAAACACCACAAUUCAAGGCUAGAGUUUGGGAUUAGGGUAAAAUAGCAUCUAUCAGUAUUGAACACAUGGGCUCAGUCCUUUGACCUUAUUGACAAAAUGAAAUCGGAAAUUUCCUUUAUAGAAGGAGUUAAUGUUUCCUCAGGCAGACAUGUUUCCGAUUCAAUUAGUUUUAAUGAAGUCGGUGUUCAGUGGUUGCUGAAGUAGAAAAAAGAGGCAUAAAUGCCUGAUGGUAAUAGAGGGCAUAUUAAGGAGGAUAGGAUCGGACACAUUGUAUGUGCUUUUAAGUGGGGAAAAAUGCCUCUAUCAGGCUGGUAGGGACCAGUGGCUCAGGAAGCAGUGAAUUGUAAGAGCCUCAAAUGAUGCAUUUGGCCUCUGGGACGAGGCUGGAGGACACAAAGGAGUCAACAGUAAAAGCACACCAUUGAACAACCUGGUUUAAGUGACGCACGGUGGGCAAUGAUGCUCAACUAAAUAUCCUAUUUGCAUAAUUUUAUCAAAACAGCCCAACAAAUACGAUUAUUAAUCUCUUGACUGUGUUUAAUGUGAAUUGGAUACCGAUUAAAGUCUAAAAA